AAAGGAGAUUUGGCUUUUAAAAAAAUGAAAUGUUGCUAAAAUACAGUAGAUUUAUAUUUAGUGGUGGUUAAAUCUAGAUAACAAUGUUUAUUGUACAUCUUCUUUGUUGUUUGAAAAACCUUUUUGUUGAGAAUGAAGAAUUUCACAUCUGCCUUAAAAAAAGAAUAUCCAGAUGUGAAUGUCUCCUUGUCAGAUUACAUGCAAUAAUUAACUCUUGUGCAUACUUUUUCUUUCAUCCCACAAUGGCUAUUAAGGACUCUUAGCAUUAGAAUGACUUCUAGCAGGAAGCCAAGAGGGAAAAAAUGGCGCAACCUCCCAUAUAUUUAUGGAAAAUCAACCAGCAUCCCUCAGUCCUUCCCUCCAGUUUUUUAUUGUCUCCUGUUUGGAAACAAGAAUCCUUCCCCCAUACUACUACCACUGACCUAUCUUCUUGUGACUCUCAUGCUUCUAGGGAAGGAAGGGAGGACUGAAUGGGCCUUUUAUAAUUACUGAUCAUGCAGUUCUUUUACCUCCUUCCUGGUCAUUGCCAUCAUAAUGCUAAGUGUCCCGAACACCUGUCAUAGGAUGGGAGGACAGACUGAAGCAAAUUGAAUUAAUGAUGGAUAAUUCUCCCUUCCUUAAGUGUUACCCUUUCACCCUUGGGUGCUGGGAAAAGAAACCUAUUUCCUUGUUAGCCUAAAGCCAUCUCUGCACACCUGUCCCUCUAAAGCUUCCUGAGUUGGGCCCUCUUUGUCCUUCAGUUGAGUACCUGUCUUAGUAAUUAAUCCACCAGUCAAUCAUCAGAACAUGCGCAUUGUCAGAUGAACACAAGCAAACUACUUGUGUACCUAGUCAGCAUUCCACCUGACCUGCUGUUUUCUCCUUGCUGAGCCUCCAGUCCUGCAAAUACAACAUGCACGGAAGUUUUACUUACAGGAGUGUGCCUGGAAUGUUCCAGAUGUUUACUCACUGCUGAAAAGUUACACGUUUGCCUGUUUUCAAGAUCAGGACCACAGUAGUGUCAGUCCCAAGAUACUGAAGCAACGUAAUCUGAGAUGUCUAAACAUUGCAAAUAUAUCACAGAUAUGGGGAGGGAGAAAUCUGGGAUUGCUGUCCAAAAGUCAUUACCAUCUGAAGGCUGUUUACUGAUCAAUAAAAAUGAGUUGGUGGUUACUGUCUGGUUCCUAGAGAUGUGGUCACAUUACAAAGAUACACUACCACAAACCAUUUUUUCACCCUUUUGCCAGCCUCACAAAGAGGCCAAGGACUGAAACUUUUAACAAGAUGAGUAACCUCCUCCAUUGUGGUGUUCCUGUCUGCUCGGGGUAGGGAGGUGUUGGGAGGCCAACCAGGGGAGACUUGCACAGCUGAUGUCUGCGCUUUGCUGGUUCAUUUGCUAAACAGAGAACGAGAGUCUCUGGGUUGUCAAUCCAGAACUUCUCGUGUGAAUUACAACCUUAAAACAUUAUUUCCUCCUUGGGAAUAAUGGGCUUCUUACACUCUGUACACCUAUUUCUCUCUCUCAAGUUUCUUGUACACCCUGAAAUCAUUUCAGACGGACUCUCUGGGCAAAAGAGUUUUGUGCACUCUCUCUUUAAGAUGGAAUGAAUAUUAGUAGCCAAUGAAGUGGCACACUCCUGUUUCCAUGGUGACAAGGGAAACUAACCUUGUCUAGGGAGAAGCAAAGAUCUUGAUAAGAAACAGGACCUACAAGGGCUGCUUUUUUCAUAAACUUCCAGGGGUUCCAGUCUCUGGAAACGGCUGGACCCAAAGGAUAAAGCCAGUUGCUGUAUGAGAGUAACACAAAAUCCUUUUGCCGAGCCAGGGUUCUUGCUAUGCAAACAUGUCUCAUUCCCCCUUUUUAUACUGUGCCUGUUGGGAUCCUUGGAAUGUGAGGGGUAAAAAGCUAAUAAAGACCAUGCCAGGCUUACCGAAUCAGAAAGCCAGGUCCUCCUCACUAGGCAUGAUCUUGAAAAACCAAAAUAGUUUCCUGUUUGCUCUAAAACCUCCCAGCACAUCCAAAGGGAUAUUGCCCAACAGAAAAUAUGGAUAUCGACUACGAAGCAGAGAACCACCUGAUGCUUCAGGGGAGUUCAUAGAAAUCUCACCUGGUUAUACCUUGACUCGAAGUAAAGAACAUCUCUCCGUCACGCUAGGGGAGGAAUUUUUUGAAAAAAAAAAUGCUACUGAAGAACCGGCCCCGCGCUUUGUUCCCAGAAGCCCAGUGAAACCUGAGACGGAGGAUGUUAUUACUGACUUAGAGGAACAGAUUGCUGAGCUGACAGACAUGAUGGAGCAACUGCGCAGAGAUCACCAGGCCUCCCGCAAACUGUUGGAGAAGGAUAUGGAAGAAAAGUGCAAUGAGAUGCAACAGGAGCAUGAGAAUAAGAUCAGGGAACUCCAAGAAGCUCACUGUGCUGAGCUCCAGGCCUUGCAAGUGCAGUACAAGAAAGAACUGAGGACUGAGAGGGCCUCUGCACAAGAGAAAAUGGAGGGGAUGCAGAAGGAAUACAAGUAUCUGAAGAAUGCAUUCCGAAUGUACCAGGACAGUGUUUCUGAUGAAAUGGAGGAGAAGUGGCUGAGAAGGCAGGCUGAAUGGAAGAAGAGUGAGAGGACUGAGCGGGAGAAGGCACUGUUACAGCAAAAGCAGGAAUUGAUGAAGAAAUUUGAGCUGGAGAGAGAGCAGCUAAAGAAAUCAUCUCAGAGUGGUAACUCCAUGAUGAAUAAACACUCCCAGCAGGAAAGAGAGGAGUUUAUUAAACAGCACCAGGAAGAUGUGGAGAAAAUAAAAGAGUUGCAAAACAUCAAGGAGUCUCUGGAAGCCGAUUUGAAGGAGAAGGAUCAGAUUCUCAAGGCUCUCACCACAACGAUGCAGAACACUCAUGUGGAGCUGCAGAAAGAGAAAAGCAACCUGAUGGCGUUGGAGAAAAACAUCCAACAGAAAAUCUCGGCAGUUGAAUUAAAACACCAGCUCAAUAUCACUUCCCUGGCAGAUGAAAAUGCCCUUCUGAGACGCAAACUGAUCACAAAGAGCGAAGAAGCAUUUAACGAAAGAGUCCGGCAAAAGAGUCAGUUGUGAGGAUUGCUCUAAUGGGAAUGUGACCUUGUUACUAAGGGAAACUUGCUGAUGAUGGUAAAUCCAAACGUAGCAAUAUGUUGAAGUUUAUUUUCCAUUUCUGUAGGCAGUGCCAAAUCUGCCGUCCCUCACUCGUCCAAAACCAUAUCAAUCAAUCAUAUCCCAGGUGUCAUGUUUUUGUCCUGUCGUUUCCUUAUUCUCUAUCCUGUAUUGCUUCAGGCCACAAGUCUGCUGCAAAUCACUGUCCUUGCUUUGUUUCCAGACAGCGAGAUGGAUGCUGGCCCCAAGUGUGUGUGCUGCACUAUGAUGCUCAGCUGAGUCUUCUCUCUGCUUAAGCUCUCUCUUACCAGGCCAGGCUGGUGUGGUGUAGAUGAAUAGGUGCUCAGAGGCUAAUGUUUUUAGCCCUCUUGCUAAUCAUUACUACAA